AUGGUAGAUGAAGUAAUUGAGGUAGAUGUGGAGAUCAAAAGUCCAGCUGAUAAGUUCUUCAUGCUCAUUAGACAAUCACAACAUGUGUCCAAAGCCACUCAGUACAUUGAGGGUUGUGAUCUGCUCGAAGGAGAGUUGGACAAAGUUGGAAGCAUAGUCUUGUGGAAAUUAGUUUUUGAUGGAGAGCCGAGAAUGUCGAAGGAUAGGAUCGAGACGAUGGAUUUGGAGAAGAAAGUGAUUCAGUGGAGGGUAUUAGAGGGACCUCUGAAGAGAGAGUACAAGAGCUUCUUGAAAACAAUGAAGGUGAACCCUAAGCAAGAAGGGCCUGGAAGUGUGGUGAAGUGGAAUGUGAAGUAUGUGAGGAUUGAUGAGAAUGUGCCUCACCCAGAAGGGAUACUCCAAUUCCUUCUCGAAGUAACAAAAGAGUUUGACCGGUACCUCUUGUCUGAAGAGUAG